UAAAUCAAUCGGAGUAGAAAUUGAAAUCCUUAUUUCUCUGAUCUACACUGAUGCUGGAGCUCAGAGCAUCAGUGUAGCAACACUCCUCUGCUUGGCAACCCUCGAUCAUCAUGGCGCAAAGCAAAGGACAUCGAAAAUUGCGGUGCGAUUGCGCCUUGAUUUUUGACACCCCUCCGUCAUUUACUAGGCAUGUUUUUGAGACCGGUCACAUGAGGCAUAGAUGGUGCACAGUGUGCGAUCAAUUAUUCGGUUCGAAGGAAGGACUUCAACAACAUAACAGGGCUGCCACAACACAUCAACUGAAACCUACCACCCCGCCGAAGCCGAAUGCUUCUUUCUCCGAUAAAAAAUCCCAGGCGGAGAAGCCCAAAACUACCCCGAAGAAAUCAGCGCCAGCGCCAGCAACCAAGUCACCUAAGACAGCUACAAAGUCGAAAAAGGCUACGAAGAGCCCCACUAAAGUUCCCAUAUCUGCCAAUUCCAAUGCUAGCCAACCUUCAGGAGUUAUACAGAUGUCCAUGCCAACAAGUCAAAUGGCACCUCUGGCCCAGCCGCCUAACCCUCUCCUGACAAACUACCCAUGGGUAUCAGGGCGACAAGAUGCCAGUCUCAUCAAGGCCGCCACAAACCAAUGCCAUAGUGAAUCUCGCUUGAUAGAGCAAGGCUAUUAUACGGGCGAUCCGGCCUACCGAGGGCACCACAAGUUUAGCAUCGUAUCGUUCGCUUCAGCACCGGCGAGAGUAAAGGGGUUGAUGAAACGAAGGGGCAUCGCUCUCGACUGCGAGAUGGUCGGGGUUGCGGGGGACAAGGACGAGCUCGCCCAUCUCUGCGCCGUCGACCUCUUCACCGGAGAGGUCCUCGUCAACUCCCUUGUAGCUCCUACCCAACCCGUAAAGGAUUGGCGAACCCGAUGGAGUGGCGUGACCCCGGCUAAGAUGGCGAUAGCCAAAGCGAGUGGUCAGUUUCUAGACGGAUGGCCGGCUGCGAGAGCAAAAUUGUUCCAGUUCGUCGAUGCGGAUACGAUACUCGUAGGCCACGCGCUGAACCACGACCUCCGGGUCUUGCAUAUCGCCCACAAACAGGUCAUCGACUCUGGAAUCCUCGUCGCGGAAGCUGCCUUCGGGAGGGCACAAAGACUGCGGCAUAAUUGGGGUUUGAAGCGUGCGACUCAGCAGAUACUUGGUCUUAAGAUACAGACCUCUAAGAAAGGCCACGACUGCUUAGAGGACACACUUGCUUCUAGGGAGUUAGUCCUCUGGUGUCUUAAAGAGCCGGUAAAGCUGUUGGAAUGGGGUAGAAAUGCUCUCAUUAAGUAUGAAGAGGAUAAACUGAAGCAGCAAGAACGGGAGCGGGCAAAGGCAAAGGCAAAGAAAGAGAAGGAAGAGAAGGAACAGAAAGAGAAGGAGAAGGAGAAGCAAACUCCUUUUCCUCUGCCUACACCUGGAGCGCGCAACUACGGCGACUACGACUAUGGCUACGACGACAAUUAUGACCACGAUUAUUAUGAUGACGAUUUCGAUUACGAUUAUGCGCAUCUGCACGGUACGGGGAAUGUUGGAGGAUAUCGUUUUUACGAUUAUUACCAGGGCAGAAAUCGCGAUAACGAUCCAUUAUGGGCAGAUCCGGAUUAUUGAUGGAUAUUAGAUGUCUCAAUGGUUCCUAGUCUAAGUAGUUAGUCGCUAUGAACAGUGAAUGGAAGUAGUUGAACUUUUUA